UGAAACUGAUUGGCUGCUGCUUUGACCGGCUCACGCGUCGUGUCGUGCUCUUCCUGUCGCGCCUGCGCGCUGUCACUACAGAGCAGCAGCAUGGAGGAUCCGGAAUCGUUGGGCUUCGAACACAUGGGCCUGGACCACCGGCUCCUACAGGCCGUCACUGAUCUGGGCUGGUCGCGACCCACGUUGAUCCAGGAGAAGGCCAUCCCGCUGGCGCUGGAGGGGAAGGACCUCCUGGCUCGCGCCCGCACCGGUUCCGGGAAGACCGCCGCUUAUGCCAUUCCUAUGCUACAGCUGCUGCUCCACAGGAAGGCGACAGGCCCUGUGGUGGAGCAGGCUGUGAGAGCCCUUGUCCUUGUGCCGACUAAGGAGCUGGCAAGGCAGGCCCAAUCCAUGAUUCAGCAACUGGCUGCCUACUGUGCUCGAGACAUCCGGGUGGCCAACGUCUCAGCCGCUGAAGACUCAGCCUCUCAGAGAGCUGUGCUGAUGGAGAAGCCCGAUGUGGUGGUGGGGACUCCAUCCCGCAUAUUAAACCACUUGCAGCAAGACAACUUGAAGCUUCGAGACUCCAUGGAGCUGCUGGUGGUCGAUGAGGCUGAUCUUCUUUUCUCCUUUGGCUUUGAGGAGGAACUUAAGAGUCUUCUCUGUCACUUGCCCCGGAUUUACCAGGCUUUUCUGAUGUCAGCUACUUUUAAUGAGGAUGUGCAAGCACUUAAGGAGCUGGUACUACAUAACCCGGUUACCCUCAAGUUACAGGAGUCCCAGCUACCAGGGCCAGACCAGUUACAGCAGUUUCAGGUGGUCUGUGAGACUGAGGAAGACAAAUUUCUGUUGCUGUAUGCCCUGCUCAAGCUGUCGUUGAUUCGGGGAAAGUCUCUGCUCUUUGUCAACACUCUGGAGCGGAGUUACCGGCUGCGCCUAUUCCUGGAGCAAUUCAGCAUCCCCGCCUGUGUGCUCAAUGGAGAGCUUCCACUACGCUCCAGGUGCCACAUCAUCUCGCAGUUCAACCAAGGCUUCUACGACUGCGUCAUAGCAACAGAUGCUGAAGUCCUGGGGCCUCCAGUCAAGGGCAAGCAUCGGGGCAAAGGACCCAAGCGGGACAAGGCUUCUGAUCCGGAGGCAGGCGUGGCGCGGGGCAUAGACUUCCACCACGUAUGUGCUGUGCUCAACUUUGAUCUCCCCCCCUCCCCCGAGGCCUACAUACACAGGGCUGGCAGGACGGCACGUGCCAACAACCCCGGCAUAGUCUUGACCUUCGUGCUGCCCACAGAGCAGUCUCAGCUGGGCAAGAUUGAGGAGCUUCUCAGUGGAGACAGUGGGGCCCCUGUCCUGCUUCCUUACCAGUUCCACAUGGAGGAGAUCGAGGGCUUCCGCUACCGCUGCAGGGAUGCCAUGCGCUCAGUGACUAAACAAGCCAUCCGUGAGGCAAGGCUGAAGGAGAUCAAAGAGGAGCUCCUGCACUCAGAGAAGCUCAAAACAUACUUUGAAGACAAUCCGAGGGACCUCCAAUUGCUGCGGCACGACCUGCCCUUACACCCCGCUGUGGUAAAGCCUCACCUGGGCAACGUCCCUGACUACCUGGUUCCUCCUGCUCUGCGCGGCCUCGUCCACCCUCACAAGAAGCGGAAGAAGCCCCUCGCCUCUAAGAAGGCCAAGAAGGCAAAGACACAGAACCCACUGCGAAGCUUCAAGCACAGAGGAGAGAAAUGCAGACCCACAGCAGCACCCUCCUGAGGUUGUUCAGGCAGCCUUGGCUGCCUUCCCAGGCUCUCCCCAGGCUGGAGUGUGGAGCAGGCCUCCCUGCUGGAGGAAGCUUGAUUCUCAGACUGGAUGGACUGGAUUCGGGGCAGGCGGAACUGUGGCCCUCCAGACGGAUGGCCAGGCUGGUGCUUUGCCCAUAACAACAGAAUAAAGAUUCUAGCUGCCCUAGUUUGUGCCUCCUGCCUGUAGGAAGGAGCCAUCGAAACCUUGGGAAUCAGAAACCACUUCCAGGAAGCAGCACCUGGCUCUUUGCCUGCUGUGCGCAGUGCCUCCUUGGCCAGAAGAGGUCAGCCUUGCAGCGCUGCAACCUGGAGCCCUCCGGCCCGGAGACACCUGCUGGCAUCUGGCUCUCUGGCCUUAGCACCAGCUGCUCCUGUGGGCUUUCUCUCUGAGAUCAGGCUGACGCCUCCCUUCUCUGAACCUGGGAACCACUUUUUGCCUCCUGGAAAGAUGGGCCUGCCUGAUGACACCUCUUUCUCCAUGGAACGUUGUAAAUUCAGCCUUCUACUCCCUCAGGCAGCCAGGGACAGCUGUCUCUGCUCCUGAACUGCUCUGCUCUGUUUGGCACUCUUGUGUAUGUGUGUGUUUAAUUAAUUAAUUAAUUUGGCUGCAAGGA